AUGGCCGACGCCCUGAAGGACCAGGGAAACAAGGCGUUCCAGGCAAAAGAUUACGACAAGGCCAUCGACCUCUUCACUCAGGCCAUCGAGAUCGCCCCCACAAAUCAUGUCCUCUGGUCGAACCGGAGUGCUGCCAAGGCCGGUAAGAAGGACUAUUCCGGUGCGCUCGAGGACGCGGAACAGUGCGUGAAGGUGAACCCGACAUGGUCGAAGGGCUACGCACGCACAGGCGCCGCCCUCCACGGGCUUCGGCGAUACGACGAUGCCAUCCAGGUAUACGAGGACGGCCUCAAGAUCGAAGACAGUCCGCAGAUCCGGAAAGCCCUCAAGGAGGUCACAGACGCGAAGCAGUCCUCAAGCGAGGGCGAGGGCGGGUUCGGCCUGAACAAGCUCUUCGCGGACCCCGAACUGCUCGCGAAGCUCGCGCGGAACCCGCGCACGGCGAAGCACCUCGCGGACCCGUCCUUCGUCCAGAAGCUCCAGUUCUUCCAGCAGAACCCCAAGGCGGCGGAGAGCGCGCUCGGCUCGGACCCGCGUAUGAUCGACGUCCUCGGCGCGCUCAUGGGCAUCGACAUGCAAGGCUUUUCGCGCGACGAGGGCUCGGACGAGUUCCCGCCCGGAGUCGACCCCACGAACCCACCGCGGGCGUCGAGUAGCAAGGCGUCAGAGCCACCAAAGGAAGAGGACGUGGAGAUGUUGGACCCGGAGGAGGCGGAAAAGAAGAAGGCCGCUGAAGCGGAGAAGAAGCUGGGCACGGAGGCCUACAAGACGCGCGACUUUGACAACGCGAUCGCGCACUUCCAGAAGGCGUGGGACACAUGGCCGAAGGACGUUGCGUUCUUGACCAACCUCGCCGCCGCGCACUUUGAGAAGGGCGAAUAUGACGAGUGCAUCAAGGCGUGCGAGAAGGCCGUAGACGAGGGCCGUGAGAUCCACGCCGACUACAAAAUGAUCGCCAAGGCGUACGGCCGCAUCGGCAGCGCCUACCAGCGCAAGGGCGACUUCCCCACCUCGGUCAAGUUCUUCCAGAAGUCGCUCACUGAGCACCGCACGCCCGACGUGCUCAACAAGCUCCGCGCCGCCGAGCGUGAAGCCGCCGAGGCCGCCCGGCUCGCGUACAUCGACCCCACCAAGGCCGAGGAGGCGCGCGAGGAGGGCAACGCGCUCUUCAAGAAGGGCGACUUUGCCGGCGCCGUCAAGGCGUACACCGAGGCGAUCAAGCGCGACCCGCAGGACCCGCGCGGCUACAACAACCGUGCUAACGCGUACACGAAGUUGGCCGCGUUCCCAGAGGCGCUGAAGGAUGCAGAAGAGGCGAUCAAGGUCGACACCAAGUUCGUGAAGGCGUACAUCCGCAAGAGCCAUGUGCUGUUCGCGAUGCGCGACUACACCAAAGCAAUUGAGGUCGCGCAGGAGGCGGCGGACGUCGACGAGGAGCACAAACACUCGAAGGAGAUCCAGGACAUGGUGAUGAAGUGUCAGCAGGCCAUGUUCUCGCAACGCAGUGGGGAGAACGAGGAGGAAACGCUCCAGCGCGCAAUGCGCGACCCGGAGGUUGCGAGGAUCAUGGGCGACCCGAUCAUGCAGUCUAUCCUCCAGCAGGCGCAGGGCGAUCCUGCCGCGCUACAGGAUCACAUGAAGAACCCUGCGGUACGCGCAAACAUCAUGAAGCUCAUCAAUGCGGGCAUCAUCAAAACGCGGUAG